UACUAACUUCAGCAUACAAUGCAAAUCUGACUUCUUCUUUCACCAACCUUUUUUCUUUAGCUGGAUCGAAUACACUGAAGUAGUGGAGGUUCAAUUUCUCUGACUCAAAAUACAACACAAACGAUAUCGUUUCUAAGAUGGCGUUGGACCUCCGAAUUGGAAACAAAUAUCGCAUUGGGCGUAAAAUUGGGAGUGGUUCCUUUGGUGAUAUUUAUUUAGGCACAAACAUCGUUUCUGGUGAAGAAGUCGCAAUCAAGUUGGAGUCUACGAGGGCUAAACAUCCUCAGCUGGAAUAUGAAUAUCGAGUUUAUCGCAUCUUGUCAGGUGGUGUAGGAAUCCCAUUUGUUCGUUGGUUUGGAAUAGAAUGCGAUUAUAACGCUAUGGUUAUGGAUCUUCUUGGUCCUUCGUUGGAAGACCUGUUUAAUUUCUGCAAUAGAAAAUUUACUUUGAAGACCGUACUUUUGCUUGCUGACCAGUUAAUAUCACGAAUUGAAUUUAUUCAUUCCAAAUCGUUUUUGCAUCGAGAUAUUAAGCCCGAUAAUUUCUUGAUGGGUAUUGGAAAGCGCGGUAAUCAGGUGAAUGUGAUUGAUUUUGGUUUGGCAAAGAAAUAUCGAGACCACAAAACUCAUCUUCAUAUUCCUUAUCGUGAAAACAAAAACCUUACCGGUACUGCACGUUAUGCAAGCAUCAAUACUCAUUUGGGUAUUGAGCAAUCUCGACGUGAUGAUUUGGAGUCAUUGGGUUAUGUAUUAGUUUACUUGUGUCGAGGUAGCCUUCCUUGGCAGGGAUUAAAGGCCGCGACAAAGAAGCAAAAGUAUGAAAAAAUUAUGGAAAAGAAGAUUUCUACUCCUACUGAAGCUUUAUGUCGUGGUUUUCCCCAAGAAUUUGCGAUUUAUUUAAAUUAUACUCGCUCUCUCCGUUUCGAUGACAAACCUGAUUACGCUUACCUUCGUAAGCUCUUCCGCGACCUCUUUUGCCGACAAAAUUAUGAAUUUGACUACAUGUUUGAUUGGACUUCGAAGAGAAAGACUCAACAAGAUCAGCAAAAUCAACAACAAUUGCAAGACCAUUUAGCUGCAUCAGCACAGGUUGCAUCUCCUCCUGAACGUUCAUCCUUCAAAAAUUAUCAGAAACAAUCGUUUAAUGAUAAAGGUGAAGUGAAGACUACUGCUACUGUAAUUAACGAUAUGCCUACUCCUACAGCUCAGUAUAUUCAACGGCCUAACUAGAUUAAAUAAGUCUAGCUGAUAUACUUACUCUUUGAUUCUCAAUUUUCCCUUAUCCCUUCCAAUGCCUCCUUUUAUUGCCGUUAUGUAUGUGGUUUGUUUUUUUAAUAGAAGCAAUGAUUUGUUUUCUCGAGCAGUCCUUGAUGGUUGACUUUUGUGUGUUCUCAUGAUGUUUUUUUGCUUUUUUAUUCGAAUAAUUCAUUGAUUACGCUGCCAUCAAUAAUUGCUUAGAGUUGGGUUUCCUUUGUUUUACACUUGACUUGGGCUGAAUGGACGCAUAUUUUCUAGUUCUUAACGGAUUUCCGUAAGGUAUUAGGCCUGUCCGUAGAAUAUGCAGUUCUAUUUUUUUUUCUUUUCACGAAUUUAGGGUAUUAUGAAUUGAUGAAGGAUAAUUUGAACGGGUAACUUAGCCACCAAUCAUG